GAUGCAUUGUUGUGAUCGUGUUUUACAUGAAGCUUAAAGAAUAUGCCAUUCAGAAUCCCCUCGUCACCGAGUCUUUGUUGUUGUUUUUUGACGGAUAACUGCUUUUUAACUGGGCUUUGGCCCAGUUAGCGAACGCCCAGUUAAAAAACAGUCCAGUUAAAAGGCGCCCAGUUAGCGAACUGUUGCUGUAUAUGGCUUUUCUUUUGCAGCAUCAUAAAAGCGCAUGGCCUUUCAUGGAACCGGUUGAUCCGGACGAAGCACCUGACUAUUAUCGUGUAAUCAAGGAACCGAUGGAUCUCCAAAAAGUGGAAAAUAAAGUGAAUAGCAAAACCUACAACACCCUGUCGGAGUUUAUCGGUGAUAUGACCAAAAUAUUCGACAACUGUCGAUACUACAAUCCAAAAGAGUCGCAGUUCUACCGGUGUGCCGAGAGUUUAGAGUCGUUCUUUGUGCAAAAGAUUAAGUUUUUCCGGGAAAAUUUGGUGGAGAAGAAAUCGGCCGGAACGAGUUCUACGUCGACCACGGUGUAGGAAGAUGAAGGAAGCGAUAGGUUGGAAUUCGGCUUUUUCCAAGCACAAUAAAGUUUGAAGGUUUUUCUUUUCUAUUUGAUUUAUCAUUGUACCUUUGUAACUAUUCCACACACUGAGGCAAUACAUAGCAAACCGUAUAGAUUUCCUAAGUAGGUAUCAGUUUUUUCAUCUUAAUCUCUAUUUAUAGUUCUAGAUGGAUAUAUUUUUAGAAUUAAACCAAACAAGUUUCCGUAGAGCCGUUCACGAAUUUCAACUGUACAUAAGCAAUGCUAUUGUGAAAUAUAAUCGAGCUAUGAAUUAUAAUCCUAACCGUCAUCGGGGAAUCCCUGUUCCUUGCUGAUGGAGGUGUGUAUAUAAAUUCAUUGGAAAUAAAAUGUACAGUUCUCCAAAUGCCUUCUCCAAACACACGACAAAUAUUCACACUCUUUCAUUGGAAUGGAAUGCAGAUAAAUUGUUAUCACUUUCUUCAUAUUAUGUUUGACUUAGUGCUACAUGUAUCUAUGCUUUUCCUCCAAAAAAUGUAAAUACUAGAUUAUAAAAAUUGAUUGUUGUUAAAAGUUGUUGAAGAAAUAACACUUAUUUAGAAAAGUGCACAUUUUUAUCAGUCAAUGAAUUCUCUCACGCAUGUUUUUAAUCACUGAUAGUUCAGAACUGUGAAAGUACAAGAUAUUUUGUACAUUUUUCCUGUUUUAACCAUUCGAAAUUUGUAUAUGGGAUGAAGGGGUUUUCUUGUGUUUAGGCUUGUAUUGCGAUAUUUUCGAUUUUGUAACAUAAGAUCUUCACUAGUGUCGUAAGUGUAGUUAUUAUAGGAAUAUGAAAUCGUAGUCUCGCGGUAUGCUCUUAUUGUAAAUGGGAGCAUUCACGCUAUAAGAAACUAGCUGUACUAAAAGUUAUAAUUAUAAGCAAAAAUACAAAAUACAUUUUUUAUUGUAUACAUAUUUGCAGAAAUAAAAUAAAUUUAUUUUCGAAAAGUA